AUGUUGCUGCUGGGCUCUGUGUGGCUGCUGUUGACUUUCAGUCUGGUGUUUACCCCUGAGUGUGUCCAGGGCUGUUCAACCCAGGAGUUUACCUGUGCUCAGGGGUUAUGUGUGCCUGAGGAUUGUGUGUGUGACUUCACUGACAACUGUGGAGAUGGGAGCGACGAGGAAAAGUGUUCCAAAUAUAAGACGUGUAACUUUGAGGAGGGAUUCUGUGACCUGAUCCAAAGCUCAGAGACAUUAUCUGAAUGGACCAGAACAACUGAAGUCCCAGGACUCAAACAUGACCACACCAACAGCACAUCAGCAUAUUUCCUGUCUCUGUUAUCUGUGGGAGGAAACACAACCACAGCAGACCUGACCAGUCCCGUUUUCCUGCCCAAUCAGACUUGCCAGAUGAGUUUUUACUAUUAUGUUGGGGCAAAACAUGGAGAUCUUCAGGUCCUGGUUCAGACUCCACCGGGUCAGAGCACAGUGCUGUGGAAGUACUCCACACAAGUACAGAUGGAAACGUGGCUGCGGACAGUGGUUCAGUUUUCAAGUAAUCACACUUUUCAGGUGGUUGUUCGAGGAGAACUUUCAUCUGACAGCGAGGCCUCUGAGGUCCUGGCCAUCGACGACCUAUCCUUCAGUCCUGGCUGUCUGGCUGUGCCUGAGAGCACUGCACCCCCUCCUCCUGUCUGCCCUCCCUCGUGGUUUGCCUGUGGUGGUGUUGGAGAUUGUAUCGAGGAAAGCAAAGUGUGUGACUUCACCCCAGAUUGUCCCCAUGGAGAGGACGAAGCCAGCUGCCCCGCUCAGUGUGACUUUGAGGAUGGUUCUUGUGGCUGGUACGAGCUCACCCUUGGCGAUGGCUUUGACUGGGUCAGGGGCUCAUCUGUGGAGGUGCCUCCAGACUACAACAACUACCCCCCACCUUUGGACCACUCUACAAACAGCUCUGAAGGCCACUUCAUGUUUAUAUUGAAGAACAGCAGCAGUCUAUAUCCAAGAGCUGUUCUCCGAGGACCCUGGUUCCAACAAUCGGCCUCUGGGUGUACCAUGACCUUCUGGCAUUAUAACUCAGGUAUAUCCGUGGGGGCUGCUGACAUGUACCUUCGAAUCAAUGGAACCCACAACAACACGGUCAUAUGGAGAGCCUUGUACGACCAGGGAACUCGCUGGAACCAGGUCACGGUUCAGCUGGGGCGUAUCACCCAGCCCUUCCAGAUCGCUCUGGCUAAGAUCAGCCUUGGCGUGUUCGAUGGGAUCUCCGCCUUGGAUGAUGUCACCUUCAACAACUGUUCGAUGCCCCUAGCAGUGGCAGAGUGUCCCCCGCACACCCAUUUCCACUGCGUGCGCACCAAAGCAUGUGUGGAGCACCUGCAGCUGUGUGACCUUGUUGAUGACUGUGGGGAUGGAUCAGAUGAGGAGGGAUGUUCUCCAGAGCUGCAGUGUAACUUUGAGCACGGGCUGUGCAGCUGGAAACAGGAGCAGGGUGGAGGAGAUGCGUUUGACUGGACCCGCAUACAAGGGGCCACUCCUUCCUUUAACACAGGGCCCUGGAAAGACCACACACUGGGCACUAGGUACGGCCACUAUCUCUACAUCGAGUCAUCGGCCCCCCAGGAGUUCAAGGACACGGCGGUGUUACUGAGCCGAGCCUUCCAUCCCACCCACCAGCGUGGCAAUGACCCCUCCAAGUCCCGCCACCAUUGUGUUUUCCGCUUUAAUUAUCACAUGUUCGGGUCACAUGUGUUCUGCCUGGCAGUGUAUCUGAGGACCACCUCCGCAGGCCGGGGUCAUAUGCUCUGGGUACGAUAUGGAGACCAAGGAAACUUAUGGCACAGGAAGACUCUCUACCUCACCAGCGCUCGGCCUUUCCAGAUUUUUAUUGAAGGAACAGUAGGAGAUGAUUUCAAUGGGGACAUUGCCAUUGAUGACCUUUCCUUCCUGAACUGCGUCCCGUAUGAAGGAGAGCUCCCCCCGCUGAAUACCACACCCCCUGCAGUGACCACUCCAGCCCCCACACUCCAGCCUAACAACUGCCCUGAUGGAGAGUUUGCAUGUAGGGCACAUGGGGAGUGUGUUCCCCAGAGCAAAGAGUGUGACUUCAGACCUGAUUGCUCUGAUGGCUCUGAUGAAAUAAACUGCGUGAAGGAACUGUGUGAUUUUGAAGGCGGUGACACAUGUGGUUGGAGGAUUGUCAACCCGUCUUUGGUCCCAAAACAUGCAUUUCGCUGGUCACCUGAUCAAGGGGAAAGCAUUUAUGAUGGAGAGCAGUACCAUCGUCCUAUUAAUGAUCACACCCUAGGCAGCCCUGAGGGUUGGUAUAUGUAUGCAGACAGUUCAAAUGGCGGCUACGGACAAACCACUGACCUCCUGACACCUGUCAUCUCCUCCACUGGGCCACAGUGCACCCUUGUCUUCUGGUACCACAUGAGCGGAUUCACUGUCGGAUCACUUAAGGUGCUGCUGAAGCACAGAAACAUCACUCAUGAGGUUUGGUCUCAGUCUGGUAACCAAGGAAACAAAUGGAGACGAGGAGAAGUGUUUUUGGGGUUAUCAAACAACUUCCAGGUGGUGUUCAGGGCUAAGCGAGGGAUCAGCUACAUGGGUGAUGUGGUGAUAGACGAUGUCAGCUUCCUGGACUGCUCCCCUCCACUGCCUUCAGAUCAGCCCUGUACACCUGAGCAGUACGCCUGUGCCAAUAGCCACUGCAUCCCUCAAGACAACCUGUGUGACUUCAUUGACCACUGUGGGGACAACUCUGACGAAGACCCCUACAUCUGCAAGGGCUUUAGUGGACGCUGCAGUUUUGAGUUUGACCUCUGUUCCUGGCGCCAGUGCCGACAGGAUGACUUUGACUGGCUAAUCAAAGCAGGCAGCACUCCGACAGUUGGCACCGGGCCGUCAAGUGACCACACCCUAAGAGACCCCUCAGGGCACUACCUCUACCUUGAGAGCUCUUUCCCACAUUCAUUUGGAGACAUCGCCCGUAUAUCAGGACCUGUGCUGAGCCGCAGGAGCUCUCAGUGCAAGAUGCGUUUCUACUUGCACAUGUCUGGAGACGGCAUCGGGACCCUAAGCGUCUUCAUGAUAAGUGAAGGAAAUCUUGAUCUCCUGAUGAACCUCACAGGAGAUCAGGGCAACUACUGGCAGAUGAGGGAGAUCCCGCUGAACUACGCAAGGGACUUCCAGGUCAUGUUUGAGGGCAAAGUGGGCCGAAGUUCAAAGGGUGACAUCUGCCUGGAUGACAUCACCUUCUCUCCAGAGUGUCUGAUUGCCUCCUCAGAUAGAUUAGAGGACAACACUCCUCCGCCUCCUGCAGGCUCCUGUCCUUCAGGCUUCCUGCCCUGUGAAAAUGGCCGGUGUUUCACCCGAGGGCAGAGUUGUGACUUCACAGAUGACUGUGGCGAUGGCACUGAUGAAAAGGAUUGUGGGACUUCCUGCUCCUUUGAGAACGGUCGCUGUGGCUGGAGGAGCUCCCUAGCUGAUAAUUUUGAUUGGACGCUGGGGACUGGAUCUCUCCAAAGCAUACGGCCUCCAUAUGAUCACACUUUGAUGAAUGAAGACGGUCAUUUUGUCUAUCUCGAAGCUACACCAGUGGGACUCAGAGGGGAUAAAGCUCAUAUUAGAAGCUCUGUUUGGAAAGAGUCCAGUGACAGCUGUAAGCUCUCCUUCUGGUACUACAUUUCCCAUAAGGCCUCAGGAACCAUCCGGCUGCUGAUCAAGACGGAGAACAAUCUGUUGGAAGUGUGGAAUAAAACGGGGAAUCAGGGGAAUGAGUGGAACCGAGCUGAGGUCCCCAUGAGGAAGCUGAGGAACUUUGAGGUGAUAUUCGAGGGGGUGCGCUCGAGGGAUGUGAGCGGAGGAGCUUCCCUGGAUGACCUGGAGUUCAUAGACUGUGCCCCAAAUGUUGUGGAGCCAGCCAGCUGUCCUGCAGUCACAGACUUUGUGUGUCACAAUGGUGACUGCAUUGAGUCCCACCUGGUGUGCGACAACAAGGCCGACUGUGCUGAUGAAUCAGAUGAGAUAGACUGUGACCGUAUACUUGGCUUGCCAGGUGCUUGUAAUUUCAACAUGGAUGAAAACCAGUGGGAAAAGACCUGCCAGCUUUCUCAGGACCCUGAUGAUGACUUUGAUUGGAGGAUAAGUCACCAGACUGAGACAUCAGGAGCCGGACCUUCCUCUGACCACAGUCCAGGUGGUGGAGGGAAGUUCUUGUAUAUACACUCAGCCACUCAGAGGGAUGGCGAUGUUGCCAAGGUGACAACCAGGACUCCAUUUCCAGCCAGCGUCGGCCUGUGUCACCUGCGCUUCUGGUUCUUCAUGCAUGGCUCGGACAAGAUGGGAACACUGAAGGUCUACACCGUUGGACCCAGUGGUACCAGUCUGUUGAUGUGGGCGGCAACUGGAAACCAUGGCAACCAGUGGACAUAUGCGAGUGUCAUCAUGUCCAACCCAGCACCUUUUAGAGUGACCUUCCAGGCAGAGGUGGGUGGAGACAUAUGGACAGACAUCGCCCUGGAUGACAUCUCCUACACCGCAGAGUGCAUGGUUGGAGGACCCGUAACUCCUCAGCCUCUGACCUGUGGUGUGGACCAGUUCCAGUGUGCGUACUCCUUCCAGUGCAUCCCAGAGAGCUGGUGGUGUGACAGUGAGCCUGACUGUGCUGACAAGUCUGAUGAAGAGCAUUGUAUGACCUUGGUACCCGGUACUCUUCCUCCUCAAGACCGCUGUUCUACUGGGUAUUUUCAGUGUUCAAACUACCUCUGCCUCCCCGCCAUACUGCGCUGUGACGGCGUCCCCGACUGUCCCAACGGAGAAGAUGAGUACAGUUGCCCUCUGCUGCAGUGUGAGCUGGGAGAACUGGUGUGUGAACAAGGUUCACCUGCUUGUAUCCCACUUCAGAAGCGCUGUGACCACUCCUCCGACUGUCUGCCUUUCCACUCUGAUGAGUCCAGCUGCGAUGAUUGUCCUCCAAUGUAUUGCCUGGAUCGUGGUUCAUGCCUUGUGGAGAGACACGGGCCUGUUUGCAUGUGUCAUCCAGGAUGGACAGGAAACCGUUGCCACGUGAGGGAGAAGCCGUCUCCCUCCACCCCGACACCCAAACCAGAGGACACACAGCUGGACUCUGUGUACGUUGGCAUCGCUAUUGGACUGCUGCUGCUCGUAGCCGGAGUCGCCGUAUGUGUUCUGGCUUCAUGCAGGAAUAAAUGUUGCUUAAUAAAGCCCGACCCGAUGGACUACGGGGUGAUGGAUAACCAAGGCUUUGACUGCAGAGCAGAGCUACCCAGGCCAGGCUGCUGUGCCAGAGUUAAUCCCAGGAGGAGCGAUAGUCCUGGGCUUUUCAUCAGCGUCUACCCCUGGAGGAGAGAGGUGGAGGGUUCGACCUGGAAAGACGCCAACCUGUCCUUCGCCAACCCAUUGUACAAUUACUCCCCUGACGUCAGUGGCGCUGAGCACAAAAGCUCGGAAGCAUAAAAAUUAUGGACUUUACAUAUUGACACUGCAGUAGAUCAGGGUCAGACUGUGUUUGCAAACACUUGAUGAGUUUGUCUUCACUUGCUGAGGUGCCAAGUGGGGGGAAACAAUGCAAAGAAUGGAAGAAAGUCAGUGCUGAUAUGUUGCUGUGAUUUACAGCCAAGUUAUUUAAAAAUUUAUGGAAUACUCUCCACUGAUAUAGUACUUCAUGUUAAAAUAAAAGCUAAAAGCUGUUUGUUAGAGCUGCAGACAAGCCCAUGGUUGUUGAAUUCAAGACUUGAACAAAUUGUGUCAUAAUAAAUACCAAUAAAUUGAGAUUUAAAGAGGUAAACAGCUAUAAAAGUUUAUCUGCAGGAGCUCUGCUCGACACUACUUCAAACAUAUGUUUUAUAGGAUAAAACCUUUAAAGCAAUAUUUCAACAUUUUAGGAAAUUUGCUUAUCCUCGUUCUUGCAGAGAGUUAGAGAUGACAGGAUUGCUACCACUGUCAUGUCUAUGCGGUAAAUAUGUAGCUACAACAAGAAGCCACUUAGCUUAGCUUAGCAUGAACACAGGAAACAGAGAACCUUCUAGCCUGGCUCUGGCCGAGGAAGCAAAACCCACCUAUGAACACAUUUUAAUGCUUACCGAUUAACAUGUUACAUCUUGUUUGUUAAAUCCAUUAAAAAUUUACCCAAAAAGUCAAUAUCUAGCACUAGACAACAGGACUAAAUGGGCAUGAGAGCACAGCCAAGAAUUUAGAUUUAGUCCAUUUUGUACGUAAUACAGCAAGAGUAGCAGUUCCCCAACACUCUCACUUGCAGAAAACAUCCAGUGCUUUGAAUUAAAAGGCUCUACUGAACACACACAGCUUCCAAACAGAGUCCUGACUUCAUUAGCUAUCUGUUUUAAUCCUCACAAGUGCAAAUAAAAUAGCUUGCCCCUGUUUUAUUUGCAAAUUAAAAUCCAUUACAAGUCAGCAUCCUGCAGCUGCUUUGUGUGUGGUGUGAGCUGACUGUCUAACUAUCUGUAUCAACCAGCACACAGUACACGGAUAAUAAACAGCACAGUUAAAACAGUCUUAUACAAAUUUCAUGAGUGUAAAGUCAAGGCCGUUCUCUGCUGUGUCACUGUCCCUGUCCAAUAUGUACUGAUAAAAUUCAUGGUCAUCUUUAGUUGAACCAAUAAUUUGACAUUCUGGGAAUUAAGCUCACUUGUUUUCUUGCCAAGAGGUAUAUAAGAUCGAUAUCACAUAACUGCUGUUAAAUAUGAAGCUGGAGCCAGCGGACGGGAAACUUAGCUUAGAAUAAAGACUGGAAAUGGUUUAACAGCUAGCCUGGCUCAGUCUGAAGGUUCAAAAAUAAAUAAAAUCUGCCUCUAGCUAUGAACCUCUAGUUAUAUAUUUAUCAUACAGAUAUGAGAGUGGUGUCACAUUCUGAUCUACCCCAGCAGAUAGCAUUAAAGCAUACUUCUCUAAAUGUUGAAUGUCGAAAAUCAAAUUAGGCAAUACAGUUAUAUCCAGUUUUGCUUGAGGUUGGUGUUGCAUUGAAUAUGAGUUUUGCAAUAUAUCACCUUCUGUUGCUGCUCGUAAUUAGAUUUUUAGGACAUUUUUCAAACCAACACUGUAUGUGUCACUGUCGCCCUUCUCUAUUUUAAUCUCAUUAGACAAAGGAGAAAAGAAAAGGUCACAUUUUUGCUUCAUCAAUGUAUUACACUGAUAUCGUACACUACAUGUACUGAAUUUUGAUUAAACCAAUGAAACUUGAGUAGCA